GUCAAUUCUUCUAAUAAAUUUAGUCAUGGUUUGUAAGAAGACUAAAGGGCGUCAAAAGAUUCAAAUGAAAAAAAUAGAAAAAAAAGAUGACCUCUUUGCCACAUUCUCAAAGCGUCGUGCAGGGUUAUACAAAAAGUCGAGCGAACUUAUUGCAGAAUGCGGUGUUGACGUUGGAAUAGUGGCUUCUUCUCCUACCGGUAAGCCUUUCUCAUUUUUUCACCCUACGAAUGAUGCUAUUAUUGCUCGUUUUCAGAAUCCUGAUAUGCAGUUAAGUCAAACUACUGGCCUAGUUGCGGCUCAUGCUCGAAACAAAGUGAACUCUCUCAAUAGUAGGCUUGAAGAAUUGGAUACCAGAGAAGAAGCUGCAAUUGCUCAAGCACGUUUCUAUGACAAAAUGAUAGAAACUAGAGAGAGUGGUUGGUGGGAGUCAAUUGAGCAACUCAAUGCAGAUGAAGUGACAAAAUUUGAAGCAUGGUUAAAGUCUGUUAUUUUUAAUAUGAACAAUCGUUUGAAUCAAUUGGAAUUUGGAGUUUCAUCCUCAACACCAAAUUACUUUUAGAGAUGCCGAUAAUGCACCUAGUACUGGAAAUUCAAAUUCAUGUUAUCCAUAUGUGGAUUUUUUGUUCUUUUUAUUUUAUUUCAACAAUGCUACCAGCAUGUAUUGUGCUACGAUUUUCAUUAAUAAU